AUGAUAGGCUGUGUGUCCCACCGCUUCACCGACACCACCUCUUCACCGACACCACCGUUUCACCGACACCACCGCUUCACCGACACCACCUCUUCACCGACACCACCGCUUCACCGACACCACCGCUUCACCGACACCACCGCUUCACCGACACCACCGUUUCAUCGACACCACCGCUUCACCGACACCACCCCUUCACCGACACCACCGCUUCACCGACACCACCUCUUCACCGACACCACCGCUUCACCGACACCACCUCUUCACCGACACCACCGCUUCACCGACACCACCGCUUCACCAACACCACCUCUUCACCGACACCACCUCUUCACCGACACCACCGCUUCACCGACACCACCGCUUCACCGACACCACAUCUUCACCGACACCGCCUCUUCACCGACACCGCCGCUUCACCGACACCACAUCUUCACCGACACCACAUCUUCACCGACACCACCUCUUCACCGACACCACCUCUUCACCGACACCACCUCUUCACCGACACCACCUCUUCACCGACACCACCGCUUCACCGACACCACCUCUUCACCGACACCACCGCUUCACCGACACCACCGCUUCACCGACACCACCGCUUCACCGACACCACCUCUUCACCGACACCACCGCUUCACCGACACCACCUCUUCACCGACACCACCGCUUCACCGACACCACCGCUUCACCGACACCACCGCUUCACCGACACCACCUCUUCACCGACACCACCUCUUCACCGACACCACCGCUUCACCGACACCACCGCUUCACCGACACCACCGCUUCACCGACACCACCGCUUCACCGACACCACCGCUUCACCGACACCACCGCUUCACCGACACCACCUCUUCACCGACACCACCGCUUCACCGACACCACCUCUUCACCGACACCACCGCUUCACCGACACCACCGCUUCACCGACACCACCGCUUCACCGACACCACCGCUUCACCAACACCACCGCUUCACCGACACCACCGCUUCACCGACACCACCUCUUCACCGACACCACCGCUUCACCGACACCACCUCUUCACCGACACCACCGCUUCACCGACACCGCCUCUUCACCGACACCACCGCUUCACCGACACCACCGCUUCACCGACACCACCUCUUCACCGACACCACCGCUUCACCGACACCACCGCUUCACCGACACCACCGCUUCACCGACACCACCGCUUCACCGACACCACCGCUUCACCGACACCACCUCUUCACCGACACCACCGCUUCACCGACACCACCGCUUCACCGACACCACCGCUUCACCGACACCACCGCUUCACCGACACCACCUCUUCACCGACACCACAUCUUCACCGACACCACCUCUUCACCGAUACCACAUCUUCACCGACACCACAUCUUCACCGACACCACAUCUUCACCGACACCACAUCUUCACCGACACCACCGCUUCACCGACACCACCGCUUCACCGACACCACCGCUUCACCGACACCACCGCUUCACCGACACCACCUCUUCACCGACACCACCGCUUCACCGACACCACCUCUUCACCGACACCACCGCUUCACCGACACCACCUCUUCACCGACACCACCGCUUCACCGACACCACCGCUUCACCGACACCACCGCUUCACCGACACCACCGCUUCACCGACACCACCUCUUCACCGGCACCACAUCUUCACCGACACCACCUCUUCACCGACACCACAUCUUCACCGACACCACAUCUUCACGGACACCACCUCUUCACCGACACCACCGCUUCACCGACACCACCUCUUCACCGACACCACCGCUUCACCGACACCACCUCUUCACCGACACCACCGCUUCACCGACACCACCGCUUCACCGACACCACCGCUUCACCGACACCACCUCUUCACCGACACCACAUCUUCACCGACACCACCUCUUCACCGACACCACCGCUUCACCGACACCACCGCUUCACCGACACCACCGCUUCACCGACACCACCUCUUCACCGACACCACAUCUUCACCGACACCACCUCUUCACCGACACCACAUCUUCACCGACACCACAUCUUCACCGACACCACAUCUUCACCGACACCACCGCUUCACCGACACCACCUCUUCACCGACACCACCGCUUCACCGACACCACCGCUUCACCGACACCACCGCUUCACCGACACCACCGCUUCACCGACACCACCUCUUCACCGACACCACAUCUUCACCGACACCACCUCUUCACCGACACCACCGCUUCACCGACACCACCGCUUCACCGACACCACCGCUUCACCGACACCACCUCUUCACCGACACCACAUCUUCACCGACACCACCUCUUCACCGACACCACAUCUUCACCGACACCACAUCUUCACCGACACCACAUCUUCACCGACACCACCGCUUCACCGACACCACAUCCAUCCCAAUGA